AUGCCGUUACAGUCAUUGGUAUGCGAGUGCCGUAUCGCUAUGAAUGUGGUUAAAAAAGAGAUACCAAUUAUCCAAAAGUUUUACACCAAAACUUUAGGUCAAAUAAAAUUUGAUCGCAUAAAAGGUCGGACACCUACUAAAGGAUCAUCUCUUGACUGUGUUGUCAAAUGUUCCGCCACUUAUGGCUGUCAUUGUCUUCGAGUUAAUAUUGAGACCAACGAAUGUAAUAUAUUUGUCUCAACCAUUGAUGAUCCAAAUGCAGAGACAAAUGCAUCGAUUUUAGAGAAAUAUAUUUAUUAUACAAAUCAUGGCAACAAAGAGGGAACGGGAGAAAAUUUGGCAAUCGGUAAGAAAUUGACUCAAAGCUCGACAUAUAAUCAAUUUAAGGCUCAAAAAGCCAUUGAUAAUAAUAGCCGUACGGCAAGUAAGACAAGUGACGGCAAAGUUAAUACCAAAAAAGUGUUGCCGUGGCUUCAGAUUGACCUCAAAGAUGAGUACGUAAUCACUGGAGUUAUGUUACAAUCAAAUGAUGAGGAAUCACUACAUGACUUUGAUAUACGUGUCGGCAAUCGUUUGAUCACUAAAUUAGAAAAAGGGACUCAUUUUAAGGAUAACCCAUUAUGUUAUGAAUAUGUGGGCAACAAAUUCCUCGAGACUAACCAUUCAAGAGUUGUGAAAUGCGAGCCCUGUCCACUGAUGGGAAAGUAUGUAACGAUUCAGAUAAUAAAUAAUUGUACCAAUUGUUCGAAUCCCGGCAACAAUUAUCUUAAUUUGGCUGAAAUAGCUGUUUAUGGAUAUAAUCCUAAAUGA